UUUCUUGGUUGGACAGUGGGGAAACCCCUUUCCCUGGAGAAAACAAUUCCCGGGAAUUCCUUUUCCUUAUUUUCACAUCCGAAUUCCAAUCGCUUUCCAUCGCAGGUACAAAUUUUUCUUCGCUGUUUGGUCUCUUGCCGGUUGGGUUUGAGUCGCUUUUUUCUCUUUCCCUUUUCGUUCUUGUUCGGAUUCCCGUGUUGUCUCAAGGGGAGCGGAAUUCCGGAACCCUGAGUAAUGAUGGCUGGGCUAUUUUGACCACCGCCGAAGCCGCAUCAAUUUAGGCAAGACUUCCGCUUCUGUUUUUUUUGCUGGCACUUCUAGAAUAAGGUUAGGAUCUGGGCUUUUGAUGUAUUGUGAUAUAGUUUUGGAAUAUUUUUCGUUUGUUGAUGAAGUUUUUUGUUGGGUUUGAGGAUCUGCGAAGGGGAGAAUUAGGGCUACAGUUAGGGUUUUGGGGGAUUUCUGUAGGUGGGGAGAUCGGAUUGGCAGGGGUUGUUCCCGGAAUUGGGGCUUUUGCGGCCGAGAAGUCGAGGUUUUCGUUUAGAGGGGCGCUCAUGAUCUGAUGAGACGGCGAUUCGCGGUGGGGGUCCCUCGCGAACCGAUGGAGAAGGGGAGCGGGAGGUCGCAGAUCCGUUUCUGCUUCGUGCUACUCGCCGCUGUUUCUUUCUGGCUCCUGCUUUUCUACUUCCACUUCUCGAUCCUCGGGGGCGAGGGUUCUGAAUCUGGGGUGUGGAAUCAGCGAGUGAAGGGGGCGGCGGCAGAGAAAAAAAACUCGAAGCCGAAGAAUUAUCCGUUUAUGAGGGCGUUGAGGACGAUAGAGAACAAGAGCGAUCCAUGCGGGGGCAGGUAUGUCUACGUUCACAAGCUCCCUUCUCGAUUCAAUGAGGAUAUGUUGAAGGAGUGUCGGAGCCUUAGUUUGUGGACAAACAUGUGUAAAUUCACGACCAAUGCCGGCCUUGGGCCACCGCUAGAGAACGUUGAAGGUGUGUUUUCAGACACGGGAUGGUAUGCAACGAAUCAAUUCGCGGUAGAUGUCAUCUUCAGUAAUAGGAUGAAGCAGUACGAAUGCCUGACUGACGAUUCUUCAUUGGCUGCUGCCGUCUUUGUGCCUUUUUAUGCUGGCUUCGAUAUUGCUCGCUACUUGUGGGGAUAUAAUAUAUCGAUGAGGGAUGCAGCUUCGUUAGCACUGGUAGAUUGGUUGGUAAAGAGACCAGAGUGGAAGGUGAUGGAUGGUAAGGAUCAUUUCCUUGUGGCGGGAAGGAUAACGUGGGAUUUCAGGAGGCUUACCGAUGGAGAAGGAGAUUGGGGUAAUAAGCUGCUGUUUCUUCCUGCAGCGAAGAACAUGUCAAUGCUUGUUGUGGAAUCAAGCCCUUGGAAUAAGAAUGAUUUUGGAAUUCCAUACCCCACUUACUUUCAUCCGGCGAAGGAUGCUGAUGUUUUCUUAUGGCAGGAGAGAAUGAGGAAACUGGAGAGGCCAUGGCUGUUUUCAUUUGCUGGGGCCCCUCGUCCGGAUAAUCCGAAAUCAAUCAGAGGGCAGAUAAUCGAUCAAUGCCGGAAUUCCAAAGUGUGUAAGCUUUUGGAAUGCGAUUUUGGCGAGAGCAAAUGUCAUUCUCCAAGUAGCAUCAUGCAGAUGUUCCAAGGUUCACUGUUUUGUUUGCAGCCACAGGGUGAUUCUUACACUCGUAGAUCGGCCUUUGAUUCUAUGUUGGCAGGGUGUAUCCCUGUUUUCUUCCACCCUGGUUCCGCUUACAUACAGUACACAUGGCAUCUUCCAAGAAAUUUCACCAAAUAUUCGGUGUUUAUACCCGAAGAUGAUAUUAGAAAAAGAAAUAUCAGCAUUGAGCAGAGAUUACUUCAAAUAUCUCCGGAACAAGUGAAAAUCAUGAGAGAGGAGGUCAUAAGUCUGAUACCUAGAUUGGUUUAUGCUGAUCCUCGAUCUAAACUAGAGACUCUUCAUGAUGCGUUUGAUGUUGCUGUUGAUGCAAUAAUUGACAAAGUCACGAAGCUGAGGAAAGAUAUUAUCGAAGGCCGUGAUGAUAGUGAUACUUAUGUGGAGGAGAUCAGUUGGAAAUAUGCUCUUUUGGAGGAUGGGCAACGAACCGUUGGGCCACAUGAGUGGGAUCCGUUCUUCUCUAAGCCCAAAAACGAGGGGGACUCAAGUAAGUCGUCUGCUGAAGCUGCUAAAAACUCAUGGAAGAAUGAACAGAGAAAUCAAUCAUGAAAUCUGGCUGACAGUUUUUGAGAUGGUUCGACCAUUUCCCAAGCAAGUUUCUGUGCUUGAAGGUUGAGAGAUGCCUAUUACAGCUGGGAAGCUUUUCAAUCUGCAACCCGCCGUCCAUGUAUCAUAUGGAGCUGUGAAUGACUUCGUUCCAAUUAUGAGAAUUUCUUGCCUAGAUGGUAACAGUUACAUCUCCCCUUACAUGGAGUUAACGAGUUUUGCAGCCUCUGGUUCGUGUGGAGCCUUGAUCCCAUGAUUCAGCGUCUGAGUUUCUACGCUUGCAGCAAAGUCAGUUGCUAGUUGUUACUUAUAGUGCGGAUUUUUCUACCUUUGGUGUGAAAUUUUUACCCUUAUGCAAUAUCAACUAUUAUGGAUGGUCA